AGGCGGGACCCGCUGGAUGGAUGACUGGAGUUUCCCUUGCGGUCUGAAGAUUAAUGGAAGGGUCUGUUGAUUUUAGUAAUCGACUAUCAGGUGAUCGGUACCAUUGCACUUGACGGCUGGAUUAGGAAUGAAUGGAGGGGCAUCCAUUUGAAACAACCAUCGGGGGAAAUCGCGAAUAACCCUGGUACCACUUUUUGUUAUCCUGGCCUCAACUGAAGAAGGCCUGCCUACAUAGAGAUAGCACCUAGGUAGGUCAGGCCAGGAUACGACUGCGAGGGACGCUAACAGCUAACACUAGCCUGCUCGUUUGACAGACGGAAAACGGCUUUCGACGGUCUGUCCAAUGGUUCUGACUGGAUGUUAGAUAAAACAAGCCUUGUCUGGGAAUAAAGAACAGCCGAGCGUCGUCUCAACUUGCAGACUCUCGCAAGUGGAAAUUGACAGGCUAAAGCUAUUAAGCUAACGUUCGCUGUCCAUCUCUGCUAGUGUUAGCCGCCGUGCUAGACUAGCUAACUCAAAGCGUUAGUUCCAGCUGCGGACUUGGAUAAGACACUCGCUCGCCUCGAGUGUUUCUGGAUCAGUUGUGCGAAGGUGCUUGAAGACGCGCACAGUUACACACUAUAAUUAUUUAAUAAUGAUAGCUGUUAGCUAGUAGCCAGCUUGUGAACACAUCGACUGCGGUAAGAGGAGGUAUCGCAUCACUCUACGACUUGUGAAGGAAAACUCAGCCCGAACCCAGGGAGUCCACUAUCGGCCUGCUGCCAUCAUGGGCAACACGCCCACCGCAAAGAAGGGCAAUGAGAUGGAGAGCGUGAAGGAGUUUCUCGCCAAAGCCAAAGAAGAUUUCCUGAAGAAAUGGGAGAAUCCAUUACAGCAAACUGCAGCAUUGGACCACUUUGAGCGUUUGAAGACCUUAGGCACUGGUUCGUUUGGUCGAGUCAUGCUGGUUAAACACAAAGAGACGGGCCAGCAUUUUGCCAUGAAAAUACUUGAUAGACAGAAGGUAGUGAAGCUGAAGCAGAUAGAGCACACACUGAACGAGAAACGUAUCCUGCAGGCCGUCAGCUUUCCCUUCCUGGUGCGCCUGGAGCACUCUUUUAAGGACAACAGUAAUCUGUAUAUGAUAAUGGAGUAUGUACCCGGGGGCGAAAUGUUCUCACACUUAAGGAGAAUCGGUAGAUUUAGUGAACCACACGCCCGCUUCUAUGCAGCCCAGAUUGUACUGACCUUUGAGUACCUUCACUCACUUGAUCUCAUCUACCGAGAUCUGAAGCCAGAGAACCUGCUCAUCGACCACCAAGGUUACAUACAGGUAACAGAUUUUGGAUUUGCAAAACGGGUGAAAGGCCGAACCUGGACGCUCUGUGGGACUCCAGAGUACCUGGCACCGGAGAUCAUCCUCAGUAAGGGUUACAAUAAAGCAGUGGAUUGGUGGGCUCUGGGAGUGCUGAUAUAUGAGAUGGCUGCUGGUUACCCACCCUUCUUUGCAGACCAGCCUAUUCAGAUUUACGAGAAGAUUGUAUCGGGGAAGGUUCGCUUUCCCUCUCACUUCAGCUCAGACCUGAAAGAUCUGCUGAGAAAUUUGCUUCAGGUGGAUCUGACCAAGCGCUUUGGCAACCUCAGGAAUGGAGUCAAUGAUAUCAAGGGCCACAAGUGGUUUGCCACCACCGACUGGAUUGCCAUCUACCAGAGGAAGGUGGAAGCUCCCUUUAUUCCCAAGUGCAAAGGCCCCGGUGACACGAGCAACUUUGACGACUACGAGGAAGAGGAAAUCCGAGUCUCCUUCACAGAGAAGUGUGCAAAGGAGUUUGCCGAGUUCUAGUUUUUCAACGACGAGUAGGAAGAGAGAGCGAGGGAGAGAGACAGGCAUUUAGAGAGUAAACGGGGGGUCUGAGGAUGGGACGCGCUAGGGUGGACUGCUAACUUGCUUAUUUAUAAUGACGACAACAAUGUAAAAUCCCCCCCCCCCCCCCCUACCGCAGUGGAAAAUGUAGGCAAAGUGAAGAAAGAUCCAGCAGAACCAGCAGUGUUGCCUUUUCUGAUUGUUUCUCAACUGUUACUUGUUUGUUUUUAUUUAUCCCUCUUGUGUUUUGUGGCAGGGGCUUUGGGAGAACAGACGUAGGUUGUGGCUAUUCAGCUUGACUUGGAUCUUUCUGAUGGUGUAAUGACACAUUUUAAGUCUUUGCAGGUUUGGUCAUUGAUUUUCUGUUGAGGUACUGAAUCUGCUUGACUCCCCCCUCCCUCCCUCUCCCCCCCCCUUUUCUGAGCGGGCCCUCUCUACAGUCUUCAAGGAGUGAUUGUUGUAUCUCGUCACCAUGCUCCCUCCCCCCCCCCCCCCAUCUCUCCAUACUGAAUCUGUCCAAGCAAUACCAAGUCCAACAGAUGUGCCUAUCAUAAUGCCAACUGGUUGGAAAACUGCGUCGGAAGCAUUGGUGCAGAGCUUUGGCUGCGGUGGUGUCGGCCUUUAGUGACCGAUUCGGUUGAAAGCUUGGGAAAAAAAAACUCUGCGCCGGCCUUUGUCUGCUCAGUGUGGCAUGAUUAUUGGGUGGAUGAUGCACUCACUGUUUGCAGGUGAAGCAGUGGGGACCUCUCUGAUCAAAAUGAUUUAUCAUAGUUAACUUUCAUCUAGGUCUUACUGCUUUUUGGGGACCUGUAAGGAAUGGUAAACAAUGAGGUUUGUGUUUAAAUUUGUCUUUUACUUAGCUGGAUUUAUUAGAGCAUUUAAAAAAAAAAAAGAAAGAAAAGAAAAUCCUACUGGUUAUCAUUUUGUUCUUUUUUCUUUGUCGAUCUCUGUGCUUGCGUGUUAUUUAGUGCUCAAGAGUUGGUUUAAAAAGCUAUGAUUUAGCAGCGACUAACAUUGUGGUCACACUCCUGACUAUUUAUUUAAUUCAUAGUACAUUUAUAUAUAUGUAUGUAUAUAUAUAUAUAUAUAUAUAUAUAUAUAUAUAUAUAUAUACAUAUGAUAGAGAGCAUAAAAUAUCCAUCUUUUUUCAAUAUUGUCUCAUAGCUGUACAUCGGAAAUAGGAUUUCAUAAAUAAAUUGAAUUUCCGCCAAAUUUGCAAACUGAGAACACUGCAAAGUUUUCUGUGUGUAAAGGACGGUGAUGGAUUUUAAUAUUCAGAGGGGAGAAAAAAAAGUAGCAAAAUGUUUCUUCGACACAAAAUGUGCAUGUUAUUUUUGUACAAUGUCACUUUUAAAGAGCGUCAUGCUUUACUUGUGCUGAGGUACCUGAGAUUGUGGAAGAACAUGCGUAACUAUUACAAGCGGACACUCAGCUGCUCUAUUUGGAAAGACGGGACGAGAUUCAGAGAGAGAGAGAGGUCUUUGACGUUCUUCUGGCCUUUUUGUUCACGAUUAUUUUCACUGAACUUGUGCGUCUCACCUUUGAUGUUUUGGUUGUUUUGUUUUUUUUCUCUCCCCCCCACCCCCUCCUUUUUUCUUGUAUAUACCUUACAUGUAACACCUUCACAUAGACUUGCAGUCCGACCAAACAUGGUGAGCUGUUUUGUGAUUAGAGUGGGUUUUUGUUUGUUUUUUUUCUUCUUGUUUUUCAGCUUUCUAUGUAACAAAUUAAACUAAUGAAGCUCUCAUAAAGCUGUCCCCUUCUGCCAAGUUUAUUUCUGUGGAUGCAAGACAAUCAGACCAAAUCGUAUUGCUGGUUUGUUGACUGAACACAUUGUUUUGGUUUGAUGAAGGAUGUUUGCUUUCACCCUCCCCUCCCUCCACCCCCCCACACACACCACACCCCCUCCCCACACCCCCGUGGCCCCAUAGGUGCUAGACUUUGUCCUCUCACUGAAAAGCUUCUGUGAACUGUUUUGACGUGCAUCACUCUAUUUGUCGAAUCUUGUGUCAUGACCUUUUUGUGAAUGUUUCUAAAUGAUUUUUUUGGUUGGCUUGGGUAAUUAUUCAUGCUGGGGGGGGGAGAGGGGCCUCUUAAAUGUAAUUGAGCGCAAAUGCAGGAUAACUUUUGAAUGUCUUGGAUUGUCUGUUGGAGAUGUUUCACUGCUGUUUGGAAAAUAAGAAAAAAAUGAUGUGUAUUCUUUUAUGAUAAAUAUUCCUCUGGUGAGCUUGGUUUUUUCUUGCAUGUUUUGUAAAGUGACCCAGCAGCAGGACAUCUCCCUCUCCCGCGAACCUGAGACUAAUGUUUGAGAACGCGCAGUUUCCACAGCCGACAGCCUCACGCCACCACCCGAACCUUUCAUUCAUGAGCGUCACGUUCAGCAAUGCAGUGGAUCGCCAUCCUGUCCGGUCUUUUUGCAAAUAGUGAAGCACAUGCCACAACUAUUUUUUCAAAUCUCUUUAUUUAUUGUUGAUUUCUUUCUUUUUUUUGCUCGUUCUUUUGUGUGAAGAGAGCACAUGUAUUAUCUUUUAUGUUCUGACUAAUGACUAAAUCAGAGUUGGUGGGUGGACGGCAAUGCCACUGUCGCACAACACCUUUCUUUUCCAAAACUAAUUGCCACUUGUCUCUCAUUCUUUAAUCAGCUAAACACUAUCAAGUGAUUUGUGCGCGUUUUGAGUUUGAUUUUGUUCUUUCUUUCCCCCCCUCCUGUGUUUGCCUUCGAUUUUCAUCCGAUUUUCACACACUCUUCAUUCAGACAUAACACUUUUUACAUCGGAGAUGUUUUGCGUUCGUAUUUUCUAAUUGUAUUUUCAAAAAAAAGGAUUUAAAAAAAACAAAGCAAAAACAGAACAUUAAUCUUUUCCUCAUGACCUGGGUACAGUGAUUGUGUAGUCUAUUGUACCUUUUGGGAAACAAUACUGUAUAUCCUUGCCUUUGACAGUCUUAACUAUCUUACCCUCUGGAGAACUUGACAGAUACCCUUAGAACACAAUGAGUAUGUUAAAAAAAAAUAUACAUAAAGUAAUAUUUUGCAAAAUGUAUCAUUCCAAUAAAGUUUUACUUGUUAAGACUAA